AUGGCUAUGGCUCCUACUGUGAAAGUAGUUCUUGGUUCAAUUGCUUUUGCAAUUUUCUGGGUACUGGCAGUUUUCCCUGCUGUCCCUUUUCUCCCAAUUGGAAGAACUGCAGGUUCCCUUCUGGGAGCUAUGCUGAUGGUCGUGUUUAGAGUCCUAACCCCAGAUCAAGCAUAUGCUGCAAUUGAUCUACCAAUUCUUGGACUUCUCUUUGGGACGAUGGUUGUCAGUGUUUAUCUUGAGAAAGCAGAUAUGUUCAAAUACUUAGGUCAGUUGCUCUCCUGGAAAAGCAAGGGAGCCAAGGACUUGCUUUGUCGAAUUUCCAUGAUUUCUGCCGUUUCAAGUGCUCUCUUCACUAAUGAUACGUCUUGUGUGGUUUUGACUGAAUUUGUAUUGAAAAUUGCAAGGCAGCAUAAUCUCCCACCCCAUCCAUUCCUACUUGCCCUUGCCUCAAGUGCAAAUAUCGGAUCUUCAGCCACUCCAAUUGGCAAUCCUCAAAACCUGGUUAUAGCUGUUCAGAGUAAGAUUGCUUUUGGGAGUUUUGUUUUGGGAAUCCUACCGGCGAUGCUCGUGGGAGUUGUUGUGAAUAUUCUAAUACUUAUGUGCAUGUACUGGAAGUUGUUAUCUUCUCCUCAGAAAGAUGAAGAAGAUGCAACUGCAGAGGUUGUUGCAGAUGACGAUGUCAUUUCUCAUCGUUUUUCACCUGCCACCAUGUCACAUUUCACAUCCUUAAACUCCCAAGAAUGGAAUUCUAGACUAGAAUCAGCUAACAUGCGAAAUUCUCCCGAUAUGAAUGGUCAUGUAAACCAUGUUGAGACUCUUAGAAACCGAAUAAAUUCAAGCGAGAGCGAAAUCUGCAGUGCCACUUCUGGUGUAUUUGAGUCUGCAAGGGAUUCAAGUGCAUCAAAAGAGGUAACAAAUGAUGCUUCUUUGCAGAAAGGAGAGGAAACUGUUUCUUCAGCGUGGGUGGAGUCAAUGGAUAGAUCAAGAGAUUUAUCAUCAAUACAGUUGCCAGAAGGAGACUUUGCCACAAAAUGGAAAAGGAUGCUGUGGAAAUCGUGCGUUUACCUUGUUACCGUAGGCAUGUUGAUUGCGAUGCUUAUGGGCCUGAAUAUGUCAUGGACUGCACUUACUGCUGCUCUUGCUCUUGUGGUUCUUGAUUUCAAAGACGCUCGGCCAUGCCUUGAGAAGGUCUCGUAUUCCCUUUUAAUUUUCUUUUGUGGGAUGUUCAUCACGGUUGAUGGCUUUAACAAAACUGGAAUUCCAAGUGCUUUCUGGGACUUCAUGGAGCCUUAUGCUCACAUAGAUCAUGCUGCUGGAAUAGUAAUCCUAGCCCUUGUCAUACUUGUGCUGUCCAAUUUGGCUUCAAAUGUACCAACUGUUCUCUUGCUCGGAGGACGGGUAGCAGCAUCAGCCGCCGUAAUUUCGGCAGCUGAAGAGAAGAAGGCCUGGCUCAUCUUAGCUUGGGUGAGCACAGUAGCCGGGAACCUUUCACUGUUGGGAUCAGCUGCCAACCUGAUAGUCUGUGAGCAAGCUCGUCGAGCCCCACUCUUCGGUUACAACUUAUCUUUUUGGAAGCAUCUUAAAUUCGGAGCUCCAUCCACCAUUAUAAUUACUGCCAUUGGUUUAGUACUUAUUAGAUAG